CCGUCGUUUUGUUAUCCCCCCUCCUUCCUCAGCUCCGCGAGCGGAAACCACUCGCUCUGUCGCUCGCAUGGCGCUGGUGAGCCCGCGGCUGCCUCGAUCGCUGCCGUGCGAUGGAGCCGGCGGAGGAGGUCGGAGGAGGAGGAGGGCGAGGGGGACGUGGUGCUCGGCCAUCGCCGUCGACGCGCCGCUGGCCAGCGUCUCCGGGAUCCGGUGGGGAUCGAGCAAGCUCCAGGGCGCGCGAUCGGAGAUGGAGGACGACGUCGUCCUCCGAUCCGACGGCCUCGCGGGCUUCUCCUUCGCUGCCGUCCUCGACGGCCACGCCGGCUUGUCCUCCGUGGAGUUCCUCAGGGAGGAACUGUACAAAGAAUGUGUACUAGCGUUGCAAGGUGGGUUGCUCUUGACCAGCAAGAACUUCGCUGCUGUAAGAGAUGCAAUUCAGAAAGCCUUUGAGGACGUCGACGCAAAGCUCUUGAUUUGGCUUGAACAGACAGGGAAGGAGGUCGAAUCUGGUGCAACAGCAACAGUUAUGUUUAUCAGGAAUGACAUCCUGAUCAUCUCACAUAUUGGCGACUCAUGUGUGGUAAUAUCUCGUACUGGGAAAGCUGAAGUGCUGACAAAUCCACAUCGACCUUAUGGAAAAAAUAGAGUUUCUCUUGAAGAAAUCAAGCGUGUCAGAGCAGCAGGUGGAUGGAUUGUUGAUGGACGAAUUUGUGGGGAUCUUGCUGUAUCCCGUGCUUUUGGAGACAUGCGCUUCAAGUCGAAAAAGAAUGAGAUGCUGAUGAAAGGAGUUGAGGAGGGGCGAUGGAGUGAUAAAUUUGUCUCCCGAAUCCAGUUCAAAGGAGAUCUAGUAACCUCUUCACCGGACAUAAAUCAAGUUGCACUUGGCUCUGAUGUGGAGUUUGUAUUACUGGCUUCUGAUGGUCUAUGGGACUAUAUGAAAAGCUCAGAUGCGGUUUCUUUUGUCAGAGAUCAGCUUCGUCAACAUGGUGAUGUUCAGUUAGCUUGUGAAGCACUAGCUCGUGUAGCUCUGGACCGACGAUCACAAGACAACAUAAGCAUAGUUAUAGCUGACUUGGGGAAGACAGAUUGGCAGAACUUGCCGGAGCAGGGGCCAAACUACCUGUAUGAAAUAAGUCAAGCUUUGGCGACAAUAAGCGUGGUUUCUUUAGGAAUCUGGAUGUCCUCUUUCCUUCUUGUUUGAAACAAAGCGUCGACGAACUGUACAUAGUUGUGGAUUGUGGAUAGAUCCAUGGUCACCGCAUGCUGGCUCGCAUCUUCUCGAUAAAUUGAAAUUUACUUUGUACACGCUGCUUUUAUUUGUCAGAGAUUUCUUGUUCUC